AAUUGAAAGAAAAUUAAAAUUAUAAAUUGUAAAUAUACGAUAGAGAAAAAAUUUCAGAAAUUUUCAUUGCAAAUUCAAAGAUUAGCAACCAAUUACAUUGGGUUGCGGGUGCUGUGCGAAACGAGCAGAGUCAGUGGCUGGUAUAGUGCGGCGAAAAAGAUCGAUUCUUUCAGUGCCUAGGCAGACAACAAAGGCAGUAUAUUUUCCAAGGAUUCUACUAACUAAUUGUAUUACUGUCUGGGAGUAGCAAUACCUCAGAUAACAAAGUUUUUGAGUUCUUUGUUCUUGUGCUAGUUUAAUGGCUACAGGCGGGGGAGGUGCCGUUGGGCUAAGUGGGAGCGGCAGCGGUGGUAUCGGUGCAACAGCAGGCUCUAAUGCUAUAAAUUUACAAGCGCUCCAAACAUUCCAUCAUCGCUGCGGACGCCGAAUAACACUUUCCAAUGGCAACCGCACUGCGGCGCGUUCUGUGCGUGAUUUUAGUCAUGCGCUGGUGUUUAGCGCCGAACCGCUGACAGACGAUGUACUCUUCGAAGUGGUAAUUGAGAAGAAGAACCAUUCUUGGGGCGGCAGUAUUGAGAUUGGUGUGACAUCCGAAUCACCAGAGAAACUAGAACUGCCUUCCUGUGCUACGGCAAUGCGUAACGGCACCUGGGUAAUGUCCGGCAUUGAUGUGCGUAAAGACGGCGUUUGUCUAAUUGAAUUCUAUGGCACCGAUUUGGAGACACUGGGCGAACGUGAUCGCGUUGGCGUAAUGCGCACUUCCAACAAUGAAUUAGUAUUUUAUGUUAAUGGCGAGCCACAAGGUGUGGCAGCGCGUAAUAUGCCCAAGACAUUGUGGGCAUUGGUUGAUUUGUACGGGCGUUGUGUGCAAGUGUCACUCUGUCCAACGGAUGUGGGUGGUUCAGGGGAUUUCGCCGAAACAUCAGUCCAGCAAGCACAUCAAAUUGUGCAGAAUAUCGAUGUACCGAUGAGUGUGGAUGUGACAGUUGUUUCAACUACAUCGCCGACAGCAAACAACGCCUGCACAGCCAACAAUAAUAGCAGUGGCGGUGGUCUAGUUUCAAACAUUAGCACGAACGCUGAUAUUAAUGCCGCCCUUUCCAGUUUGGGCAGCGCAGGCGCCGCUGCGAUUUCCGCGAUAUCGCAAACUGGUUUGCAUAGCGCUCUACCGUUAUCUUCCUCGGCUGCGGCAGUUAUUGCGAAUAAUACGUCCACGUUGCAAAACGUGGGAGACUUUUAUGAUACGGAUAGACUGCGUUUUCACACACGCUGUGGCUCUCUUGUGAAGCUUUCGCCGCAUUGUCGCAGCGCCGAGCGUCGACGACCGUUAGAUGAGUUCAAUAAUGGUGUGGUAAUGACACAUCGGCCGUUGAAGGAUAAUGAGCUGUUUGAGAUACGCAUCGAUAAGUUGGUGGACAAAUGGUCCGGUUCCAUAGAAGUAGGUGUGACUACGCACAAUCCGUCGGUGCUGCACUUCCCAGCUACAAUGACGAAUAUGCGCAGCGGCACCAUAAUGAUGUCCGGCUGUGGUAUACUGACAAAUGGCAAGGGCACACGACGUCAGUACGGCGAAUUUAAUUUAGAUGAACUGCGUGAAGGCGAUCGUGUGGGUAUGAUGCGCAAGUCUAACGGAAAUCUACAUUACUAUAUAAAUGGCCAGGAUCAGGGUGUGGCCGCAACUCGUGUCGCCCAAACACUCUGGGGUGUCAUAGAUCUCUACGGCAUGACCACCAAAGUGACGAUUGUGGAUCGCGAUGAGCGGGAACAACAAAAUUUAGUAACACGACGCAAUAAUCUUAUCCUCACAGCCGCGUCAGGUUUAACUAGCGGCAAUAUGGCAAUCGAUAGCAUCGGUGCGACAAAUGCACUUAUUACGGCGAAUUCGGCAACACCGACACCUGUAUUGAGUUUGCUUAGUCCCGAGGGUGAAGUCAAUUCAACGGUUGCUGCUGCAGCGGCCGCGUUGGGCGACUCAACGCUAUCUGGCACUAAUACGCAGCGUAAUGACGAUCGUCUAACCUUCCAUCCGAUCUGUGGUUCGCAUGCUACGGUCACACAUAGUGGACGCACCGCGCUUCGACCAAAUGCAUCUGAUGACUUCAACAACGGGGUUGUGCUAACUCGUCGCCCCUUACGUCCAAAUGAACUGUUUCAAGUGCGGCUCGAGCGUGUCGUUACCAAAUGGGCCGGCUCGGUAGAGAUGGGUGUGACCACGCACAGCGCCGAAGAGUUAGACUUUCCUUUUACCAUGACCAAUGUGCGUUCCGGCACUUGGAUGAUGACGGGCAAUGGUGUUAUGCAUAACGGCAUUACGGUCAUUGAGCAAUAUGGUCAGAAUCUUGAUCGUUUGCAGGUCGGUGAUCGUGUGGGUGUCGUGCGCAAGGACGAUGGCACGUUACAUUUCUGGGUGAAUGGCGUAGAUCAGGGACCGGCAGCGACCAAUGUGCCUGAACGCGUCUUUGGUGUUAUCGAUCUCUACGGUCAGGCGGCGCAGGCUAGCAUAAUAGACACAUCUGAAUGUGGCAGUCCGGAUACGGGAAAUUCAACUAUCUCCAAUACAACGCUCUACAGUGAGCCACCCUUGCGCUUCCAUAGCAUACACGGUAAAAAUGCUGGCAUCUCAAAUGGCGGUCUCACCGCUUCCCGUCCUAAUUCGCUGGCCGAAUUCAAUGAUGCCAUAGUCUUCAGUAAUCGUCCGUUACGUCAGCGCGAACUCUUCGAGGUUGCGCUCGAUAUCAUGGUGCGUCACUGGUCGGGCAAUAUAGAGAUCGGCGUGACGGGUACACGCCCCGAGGACAUACAACUCGCUGCCAAUGCUACCGACUUGGAUGCCAACGAUAUGAUAAUACUCUGUGGCUCGAUGAUCUUUCAUAAUCGUAAAACUAUACGAUCCAAUGUGCUCAUCGAUUUGGAUAGCUUGGGCGAGGAUACACGUGUCGGUGUAAUGCGUAAUGGCGACUAUGUGCAUUUCUUCAUCGAUGGCGUCGAUCAGGGCCCUGCCUGUGAGUGUCGUAUGCCGAAUGUGUGGGCAGUAAUCGAUUUGUAUGGCCAGUGUGCGCAAGUGACGCUCACGCAAUCGCAGCCAGACAUACGUGCGCCGUAUGCGACCAGUGAGAAUUCUCAAAGCUGUCAAGCAACUUCGGUUAUACAGCCGGCAACGUCGGAGUUGAAGCAUCGUUGGACCUGCAUAUCGGGCAAUGUGACUUUAUCGCAAAGCUGGACGGUGGCUUCACGUAUUACCGGCGCUUCGGCGGCACUCUCGCGUUGUGUCGUUUUCUCCGAGCAUCCGCUGAGUGUGGGUGCGCCAUUCGAAAUCAAACUGAUCUCGCACAAUUCGUUAUUCGCAGGCUGUCUCAAUAUCGGCGUUACCGAUUUGAAUCUCUCCGACGACUAUGUUCGCAAAAAUAUACCGUUAAGUAUUAAACGCAUACCUGCCAAUGUCUGGUAUGUAUCCGGCAAUGAGGUGCGUCACAAUUCGACACUGCUGCAGCGUUCCAUGGCUUCUUUGGAGUGGCUGCGUGUAGGUGAUCGUAUUGCGCUCGAGCUGACGCCAGCGCGCACGCUGCGCAUACUGCUGAAUUCGGAGGACAUGAAUAUACACUUUCAGAAUGUGCCCAAUGAUGUCUACGUCGUUGUUGAACUGCAAGGCUCUACCAUGGCCGUGCAAGUGAUCUCUUCCCAAGGUCCGACUUCACCGCUGCGUCCGUGUAGUUUACGCCUACAAGACUCGCUCGACUUUGGUGUUGAUCCGCUUAAUAAACAAGACUCGAUGCUGGAAUCAAUCGAUUCGGAGAUGCAAACUUACGAGUUCUCCGAGCUGCAUGGCAAACAUGUGCGACUCUUGGAUGAACAUCGUUCGGCGAUGCGCGUACAGUCUUACAAUCAAGGCGUCGUAUUUGUGGGCAAACCGUUAUGCAAGGGCGAGAGCAUUAGUAUCAAAGUGGACGCCGUGAAUCCCAAAUGGAAGGGCACAAUAGGCGUCGGUGUGGUCGCAGCGUGUCCGCAACCCACAAGCGUCUCACAAUUGCCGAUCUCCAUUUUACAUUGUAAGCGUCCGUGCUGGGUGGCAACCCACGAUUACAUCAAUAUAAACGGUCAAAAGAUAGCCUCGAAGUAUGGCGAAGCGCUGGAACAAAUACAGCCGGGUACAGUCAUCACCAUGACACUCUCGAAUGUCGGAAUGUUGGUAAUCAUGGUUGGUUCCAUUAAUUUGGAGGAUUUGGCGGCCGGUUUACCCAAUCACGUCUACCCUGUCUUCGAUCUCUACGGAAAAUGUGAGAAAAUUUCACUCAUUACCAGCAACGAUGUAGGCCGCAAUAGUACGCCGAUUAUUGAGGAGGCCGCCGCGUUGGAAUAUGAUAACUUGCAGGAGCAGGAUGGCGGUGUGCCACAAUGUGAAAAGGCCGAUUUGGAAAUGCAUGAAAAGGAAACGGAGCAGCUGUCGCAACAGCAGCCGCAGGCAAUGCAGACAAGCGGUGGCGCAGUGGGCGGUGUGGCUGCGGGCAGCGGUACAAGCAAUGCGGCAAUGAAUCGUUCGGUGAUGGAGAGCGUGUCGGAGAAUUUAUUGUUAAAUAUUUCGAUAAAAAAUCGUACACUGGAGCAAAAUCGUGCUGUGGAGUCGAAUGCAGCUAACACUUCGUGCUGUCUACGGGAGUCGUUACAACUACAACACAAUACCAAUCUCAAUAUUCAACGCAGUCAGAGUACGCAACGUUUUCAAAACGCACUGAAUGCGUCGGCUAACUCCACAACGACAGGUGGCGCUAUUGCUGACACUGCAGCGGCCUCAACAUCCGCCGCACCAAACGCGGCUGCGUCAGGCACUAACAACAGCGCCACCAGUACAACAACCACUUCUCCUUACGUCCAUGAUACGAAUAAAGAUUAUGAGGCGCUCGAAGAAGCCGGCGCUGUGGGCGGCAUAUCACUGCAAAGCGAACUGCGACGAUGUAGUUCCAAAGAGAAUUUACUCAGCGCGCAGCGUUCCUCAAACAAUUUGGAUGCGUUGGAACAGCUAGUCAGCAGCGUUGGUAUACAUGGCGCAAAUGCUAAUGCAACAGUGGCCGAUAAUAUGACAGCUAAUGAACGGGCGCUCGAAACCGAUAGCAAUUUAACCGCCAGCGCUACGGUUGAUGCUGCCGCCGCAGUGGGCGUGACCACUGCUAACUUAGAAGGCACUGUUGGUAAUGUGGGUGCACACGAGCAUGCGGUAGAGGAGCGCGCUGAGGAAGGGGACGAUGUGGACGACGAUGACGAUGAUGAUGAUGACGACGACGAUGAUAAUGAUGAUCUUGAGGACAAUGACAAUUUGGAUCAUUUGUUACUAUUGCAACAACAACAUGAUUUGUUACGUUUACGUUAUCAGCAGUUGAGUCAACCUUUCUCGGCAAAUUUCGGUCCACUCUCGUCGACAUCAACGUCCACACAAUUUGAUUCGCUGCAGUCGAUACCCUCCAUCGAACGUAAGGAUUGUGAAUAUCUGAAGUUAGUGCAACAGUUUCGUACUUCACUCGUUUUGCCGCAAUCCUUCUUCCAACCGCUAACCGAUCCCAUUUGCUUUUGCGCGCAAUGCAACGCAUUCACAUCGGAAAAGCUACACGGUUGGGUCUAUUUCAAGUUGAACCAGCAAACGGUCAACUCGGCCGCCGCGCAGCAUUCGCUCGACACCGGCGAAUGGCUGCCGCUCUACUACAUGACGCGUGUAGACAAAAUACGUGCCAUACUAGAUCAUGGUCAACCACUGCCGUUGGAGUCGAGCUGCGAAUCGCACACCAGCCUCAGCAAUCAGAAGGAUGAGCCCGGCACGCGUCUGGAAUUGCACUUCUCACCGAACGCUGCCGGCAUUGUGUCGAUGAACAGCCAACAUAAAUACAAUGUCAACUCUCAUUCGUAUCGCAUCGGUACCGCUUUCGAGGUCUACGUGCGUCGGCAAUCGCUCUGCCUGACGAAUAGCAGCAAAAUGAAUGUAAACGCCGCGGUGGUGGCCUCAUCAAGCGCUGCAGCGGCCGCGCUUAGCUUAUUGGAGCGCCGUUCGUCGGCAGACUUGUUGCAUCCGCAUGAAUCGAGCAGCGGUUUGACGCUCGAACAGAGCAGCAGCAGCAGCGGCGGUGGCGGCAGUAUGAGUGCGGGCUCAGCGUCGAGCGCAUCGCUCAAAGACAUGACGUGGUUUACGAAAGAGGCAGGCGCUUGUGUCAUAACAGCGCUAAUAUUGAAAUUGGAGAAAAUAACGCCUUCAAAGAAUGCUGGCGGUGGGCUCAGUCUCGCUUUAGAUGGCAACUAAGCGCAGACGAAUGACAAAUGAAAAAUACAACUAAGGUCUCGUUGAGUAGUUGGUUUGUGGCAGCAUGGAGAAAUAGGCUAUAUGGCUACGCUUCAAUAAGCAUUGCUAGUCUCUUUUUCUUAUGUUUUUUUUUCAUUAUAAGAUUACUAUUCCAAAAAGAAAUGAUAUAUAUAUUUUGCACUUUUGC